AUGCGACCCGAUCAAGGCGAUACUUUCGGCUCCGCCGUCGGUCUGACACUCCCAAUCGACGAGCUCCGGAAGAGGUCAUCGAGCAUUAAAUCUCGCUUUGACAAAGCACAGGCUUAUGCCGAGUCAGCCGACCUCCUGCGAGAAUACCGCAUCCCGCCGGACUCGGAGUUCCGGCCUACAUUAGACGUGUUGCGCGACGAGGCCCUGCAACGCCGCGAAGACAUUCCCGAGCCCAUGUGGCGACGGUACAAAGCAGAGGUGGACCGGUUCAAGGCCGCCGCGAAGACGUACUUCAUCUCGACCUGGGCACAAUGCCGCACAGCAGCCUCCUCCGCCGGUACAGCUUCCAACCCCGGCUGA